UAAGCCAAAUUUCGUACGUCUUUGGUACGACAACUUAAGUGGCAACUGAUCUGUUGCACGUGCUUACGAAAUAAUUCGAGUUGGUGGGUCUCCAACCCUACAGAAAUAUUCUCGAGUAGCGGAUGGAGGGAUGAAAAUCACGUAAUGGUAUCCAUUGCAUCGACUCCACGCAAUGGUCACAAUACAAAUCUUGAACUGUUUCGAAAACGAUAAAAUCAUGUACUCGAAAAUCGCUACUCUCUUCGUUGUCCUCGCCGUUGUUUCGGUUCAAGGUUUCGCCCCUGUCGCACAACCUCGUGUUGCCGCGAACACGGAACUCAACGCUUUCUUCUUCCAAAAGCCCAGCGAAGAGGCUGGAGCCGCCGUUGCAGCCGAAACUAAGAAGGUCAGCAACCCUUUUGCGAAGUUCGCUAAGCCUGCCGCCGAGAAGAAGGCCGCCCCAGCGAAGAAGGCUCCUGUAAAGAAAAUUGUUGCCAAGAAGGCAGUCGCCAAGAAGGCAGUCGCCAAGAAGGCCCCUGUGAAGAAGGUAGCCGCCAAGACGAAUUAUGCUGGAUUCACACCCGUGAAGGCCGAGAAGAAGACGAAGCUUACCAUCUUCGAACGUCAAUGUCACAUCAACUAAGACUUCAAGUCCGAAGAUUGAAUAGGACAGCUCGAGCCAUUAAUACUGUAUAAUUGCAAUAGAACAAAUUUUUGAAA